GCAGCAGCAGUGUUUGCUGAGCUCGUGCUGCGGAGCCUCACUCUGACUACAACAAUGAGUGGCAGCAAAGCGUGUCCUGUUAGUUUGAGUUGAAGUUUACUUCAGUGAAGCUGCCCGUAAUAUUCACUACAUGUGCUCAGUGGAGGUUUCCAAAGCAUUGUGUUAAAUGGAGCUGGAGGACCAAUGGUGGAAAGGACAACUUGCUGCAGAUAUAUACCAGGCGCUGCGAUUCAAAGAGCUCAAGUUGCCUUCCUACAAAGGCCAGUCCCCUCAGCUCAACUUGAGAAGAUAUUUUGCAGACCUCAUAGCCAUCAUCAGCAACCGCUUCAGACUGUGUCCUGCAGCCAGACACCUGGCCGUCUACCUGCUGGACCUCUUCAUGGACCGCUAUGAUGUCACGCUGCAGCAGCUCCACAUGGUCUCUCUCUCAUGUCUUCUUCUGGCCAGUAAGUGUCCUGCAGCUGAGAUUCCAACAUCUGACUGUUUCAUCUGUAUGCUGGUGUCACAGGUCCAAUUAUUCUUCUUUAUAGGUAAAUUUGAGGAACGGGAAGACCGGGUGCCAAAGCUGGAAACCUUGAACAGCCUGGGCUGCAUGAGCUCCAUGAACCUGGUCCUGACCAAGCAGGGUUUACUGCACAUGGAGCUGCUCCUGCUGGAAACUUUCCAGUGGAACCUGUACCUCCCCACAGCUGCUCAUUUCAUUGAAUACUACCUGUCUAUUGCCGUCCAUGAGGGGGAUCUGCAUGACGGUUGGCCUAUGACCUGCCUGGAGAAGACUAAAGUAUACAUGGCCAAAUAUGCUGAUUACUUCCUGGAGGUUUCCUUGCAAGAUCAUGUGUUUUUGUGUUUCACACCCUCACUGGUGGCAGCUGCAUGUGUGGCUUCUUCGCGCCUCAUCCUCCACCUGUCCCCUACGUGGCCACCCCGACUGCAGUGCCUCACCGGCUACACAUGGGAGAACCUAGUCCCGUGUGCAGAGAAACUGCUUGUUGCACAUGACAGUGAUGUCAAAGAGGCCAACAAGCAAAAGUGCCAGCAGCCCAGCCAGCAGCAGCAGCAGCAGCAGGGCCAGACAGUGUUCCACAGUUCAGGCCAGGCAGCCACUGUGGCUCAGUACCUGCACCAGCCCAGCGUGCAGUAUCCCCAGCAAGCCCCACAGUCAGCUCUGGCACCCAACCAUAGGCCUGCCUCCUACCUCAACCACUCCACCACCAGCCUGCAAGCUCCCAACGGCUCCCAGCUCGGCAGCACCCAAACCAUCUCUGCCUCACUGGAUCCAAAGUCUAACAUUCCCAACAGGGCUUACCAGGUCAGCAUGCACUACUCCUGCACUGCUCCAUGCUUUGACAGAUGAUGGUUUUUCAAGAUUUAGUCAUUUUUGGGCAGGAUGAGAAAAGAUAUAGUGAUCUGUUUCUCCUGAAUGUAAGAAAACACUCUGAAGGAAAAAAAAAAACAUGUUUUUAAUUUGAAGAGUCUUGAUGAGAUUGGUGGAGCACUUUGAACCAUAAGGUGUACGCAAUGUGCAAUAUGCCUACUCUGCUGUAAUUUUCUGUGUAGAGCCUGCAUGAGGAUUUUUUUUUCAAGAUGUUUGAAAUAUCAGGUAUGAAUGUUGUUGUGAGGUGCUUGAGGCACAGUUUGCACCUCUGUAUCCACUAAUGUUACUGCAUAAUUUAGCUACAGACCAAAAUUCUUGUAUUUAUUUAAGCCAAAGUAUAUCAGAAGUAUUGAAUGCACAAAUACCUUGUGCCUGUAGCCAUUAUGACUAUUAGUAUGCUAAGUUAAAAGGGCAGUAACAAAAAGGGAUUUUGUCAGUUUGUGAUUGAGAUAAGAGUUUGUGUAGAUGUUCUUUUUCCUAUUUUUGUUUUCCUUUUUUAAAUUUUGGACUAAUGUCAUUUGUAAAGAAAGGAAAGAAUUUAUUCCUAUAGAUGACACCAUGUCCCAAGAAAACUUUUGCUCUUCUGUACACAGGAUUUCCGUCAGUGCUGUCCACUUCUAUGAUGAUAAUUUUAAAUAAAAUUCAAACCUGUGUUAAACUA